AUGUCUUUUCCUAAAGGACACAACUUUAGCUGCUUUAUCUGCAAGAACCUGUACACUGAUCCAGUAAAGCUGAGCUGUGGUCAUAUCUUCUGCUGGUCUUGCAUUGACCAGUUGCUUGAUGUCCAGCAGAAGUCUAAGGUUUAUUUCUGUCCCCAGUGUGGAAAAAACUUCCAGAGGAGACCUAUUCUAUACAGAGGCAAUGAGCUCAGUGCACUGAUACAAGACUUUAGAACUCUGCAGAUUAAAGGGGUUUGUGAAAACCCUAAUAACAAACCAAAACCCAUGAAAAGUGCUGUCCAAUGGGUUGUGGAUGAUGUGACUGAGAGCAAAAAUAGUGAGCUAGCAUCUUCUGGACUCACCACUUCACAGAAUUGUUUUGUGCAUAAGGAGGUUUGUUAUUACUUCUCUGCAGAGGACACCUUUAUUUGCGUUGCCUGCUAUAUGACUGGACAGUUUAGAGACCGAGAGACACCUGUUAAUAUCAAACCUGGAAAGAAGGAUUCAUUGCUGCCAAAUAUACUUAUAGAAUUGGCCACAAAAACCGCUUCAGUGCAGUUUGAUGAACGUACGGCUUCCAAUAAUAUCUUUCUGUUAGAUGACAUGAAAACUGUUAUGUUCUCUGAUGUUCCUCAAGAAAGACCUUUUUUACCAAUGAGAUUUGCUUCAUCACAGAUACUCAGCAUCAAUAGACUUUACUCCGGACAGUACUUUUGGGAAGUGGAGACCAGUAGAGCUGGUGAUUGGAGUGUAGGCUUGGCUUACCCAAGUGUGCCAAGGGCUGGUGAAGAGUCUUAUAUUGGGAAUAACGCAAAAUCCUGGUCUUUGGGGUGGGAUAAUGAAUACUUGUGUGUAUCACACAAUGCAGAAAAUGAGAUUUUGAGCAUAGACUCCCCAGUGCGCAAAAUUGGAAUGUACCUGAACUAUGAAGCAGGGCAGAUCACAUUUUUCCAGAUGACGGACCCAGUCAGACACCUACACACCUUCACUGGAACAUUUACUGAACCUCUCCAUGUUGCCUUUUACAUUUGUGAACAAGGAUGGGCCAGAAUUAGCAACUAA